GUUUUCGGUCACGUGACAAACACACGAGACGGGAGCAGACAAUGAGCGAGAUAGAUAGGGAGAAAAGAAAAUGACGAUCAAAAUGGAUGAACCAAUUGAACAGAGAGUAAAUGUAAUUGAAAUCUAGAAGACGAAGACGACGACGAAGAAGAAGAGGAAGAAGAAGAAAUGUCAGCUUCGCAAACCCUAGGCGGCCCAUCACGUAGCGGGCGAGUGAUUGGGCCGUCCCUCGAUAAGAUCAUCAAGAACGCGGCGUGGAGGAAGCAUUCCAGCCUCGUCUCCGCCUGCAAAUCCACGCUCGACAAGCUCGAAUCCCUCUCCGACUCCCCCAAUCCGGACCUCGCCUCCCCUCUCUCCGGCCUCUCCGAUGCCGACGCCGAGUCCGUCCUCCAACCCCUCGUUCUCGCCCUCGACUCCGCCUACGUCAAGGUCGUCGAGCCCGCCCUCGACUGCGCCUUCAAACUCUUCUCCCUCAACCUCGUCCGCGCCGAGAUCGAACGCCCCGAUCCCACCCACGCCGACGACAGGAGCGCAUCCGUUGUUUACAGGAUGGUCGAGGCCGUGUGCAAGUCGGCGGGUCUUGGAGAGGACGCGAUCGAGCUGGGGGUGCUACGGGUUCUGCUCUCCGCGGUUCGAUCUCCGAGCGUGUUGAUUCGCGGGGAUUGCUUGGUGCAUAUCGUGAGGACCUGCUACAAUGUGUAUCUGGGUGGGUUGAAUGGUACCAAUCAGAUCUGUGCCAAGUCGGUUCUUGCUCAGAUUAUGGUGAUUGUGUUCGCACGGCUGGAGCAGGACUCCGUGGAUCUGGGUGUUAGCAUUCCGAGGGUCUCCGUUGCGGACUUGUUGGAAUUCACGGAUAAGAAUUUGAACGAAGGGAGUUCCAUUCAAUUUUGUCAGAAUUUCAUCAACGAGGUGAUGGAUGCUAGUGGGGAAGCAGAUGGGGUUGCUGAGGAAAACAAGCAAUUACCCAACAGCCCAUUAUCUGAGCCAAAUGGGAAUGCUCAGGUUCAGGGGCAGGCUUCAAAGAAUGGGGACGAGAAGGGUGAAUUAGGUCCUACCAGUAAGAUUAGAGAGGAUGGGUUUUUGCUUUUCAAGAAUCUGUGUAAAUUGUCUAUGAAGUUUUCGUCACAGGAUCAAUCUGAUGAUCAAAUUCUCUUGAGGGGUAAAGUUUUGUCUUUGGAGCUGCUCAAGGUUGUCAUGGAGAAUGCGGGUCCACUCUGGCGCACCGAUGAGAGGUUCCUUCAUGCAAUCAAGCAGUAUCUUUGUUUGUCAUUAUUAAAGAACAGUGCAUUAUCAGCUAUGGCUAUUUUCCAGCUUCAGUGCUCUAUUUUUAUGAGCUUGUUAUCAAAAUUUAGAUCAGGAUUGAAAGCAGAAAUUGGUAUCUUUUUUCCCAUGCUUGUCCUUCGUGUGCUUGAGAAUGUGCUCCAGCCAAGUUUCUUGCAGAAAAUGACUGUCCUUAACUUGUUGGAGAAGAUCUCUCAAGAUCCGCAGAUUAUGAUAGACAUAUUUGUCAACUAUGACUGUGAUGUGGAUGCUCCAAACAUUUUUGAAAGGGUUGUCAACGGCCUUCUGAAAACGGCUCUAGGGCCACCUUCUGGUUCAACCACAACUUUGUCUCAAGCACAGGAUAUGACUUUCCGGCAUGAAUCAGUGAAGUGCUUGGUUAGCAUCAUUAAGUCAAUGGGAGCUUGGAUGGACCAACAGCUCAGACUAGGAGAUUCAUAUCUGCCAAAGAGCUCUGAAAGUGAUACUACAGAGAAUCAUUUGACUCUAAAUGGAGAAGAUGGAACUGUUUCUGACUAUGAGCUACAUCCGGAAGUAAAUUCUGAAUUUUCAGAUGCUGCUACCCUCGAGCAACGUCGAGCUUAUAAAAUUGAACUUCAGAAAGGUAUCACUCUUUUCAACAGGAAACCAUCCAAGGGAGUUGAUUUUCUGAUAAGCUCAAAAAAGAUUGCUGGUUCUCCAGAAGCUGUGGCUUCUUUCCUGAAGAAUACUUCUGGCCUAAAUGAAACCGUGAUUGGUGACUAUUUGGGCGAAAGGGAAGAAUUUUCUCUCAAGGUCAUGCAUGCUUAUGUAGAUUCAUUUAAUUUCAAAGGAAUGCAUUUCGGCGAAGCAAUAAGGUUUUUCCUACGGGGCUUCAGGUUACCUGGAGAAGCACAGAAGAUUGACCGCAUCAUGGAGAAGUUUGCUGAGCGCUAUUGUAAAUGCAACCCAAGCUCAUUUACUAGUGCAGAUACUGCUUAUGUUCUUGCUUACUCGGUGAUAAUGCUAAACACAGAUGCCCAUAAUAACAUGGUUAAAGAUAAGAUGACGAAGGCUGAUUUUAUUCGAAACAACCGAGGAAUAGAUGAUGGCAAGGAUCUGCCUGAAGAGUAUCUUGGUUCCCUUUAUGAUCAAAUUGUUAAAAAUGAAAUUAAGAUGAGUGAUGAGUCUUCUGCACCACAGAGCAAACAGGCUACCAGCUUUAAUAGAUUAUUGGGCUUGGAUGGUAUACUCAAUCUAGUCACCGGGAAGCAGACUGAAGAAAAAGCAUUGGGCGCAAAUGGGCUUCUUAUAAGGCACAUCCAGGAGCAGUUUAAGGCAAAAUCUGGAAAAUCAGAGUCUGUUUAUCAUGCUGUCACUGAUGUAGCAAUAUUGAGGUUUAUGGCGGAGGUUUGCUGGGGUCCUAUGCUGGCUGCAUUCAGUGUGACUCUUGACCAAAGUGAUGACAGGCUUGCUACUUCUCAAUGCUUACAGGGCUGUCGACAUGCUGUGCAUGUUACUGCAGUAAUGGGCCUGCAGACCCAGAGAGAUGCUUUUGUGACAUCUAUGGCCAAGUUUACUUAUCUCCAUUGUGCUGCAGAUAUGAAGCAAAAAAAUGUUGAUGCUGUGAAGGCAAUAAUAGCAAUUGCCAUUGAAGAUGGUAAUUAUCUUCAGGAAGCGUGGGAACACAUAUUAACAUGCCUUUCCCGAAUUGAGCAUUUGCAACUGUUGGGAGAGGGUGCCCCGCCCGAUGCAUCCUUUUUGACUGCAUCUAAUGCUGAAACAGAGGAAAAGUCGCCAAAACCUAUGGGUUUUCCAAAUUUGAAGAGAAAAGGAACUUUACAGAAUCCAGCUGUGGUGGCUGUUGUUCGUGGGGGCUCAUAUGACAGCACCACUGUUGGACCUAAUACUUCAGGACUGGUAACUCCAGAGCAGAUUAAUCACUUCAUUUCAAACUUGAAUUUGCUGGACCAGAUUGGGAAUUUUGAGUUGAACCAUGUAUUUGCUCAUAGCCAAAGGCUGAACAGUGAAGCAAUAGUAGCUUUUGUUAAGGCCUUAUGCAAAGUUUCCAUGUCAGAGUUGCAGUCUCCAACAGACCCUCGUGUAUUCAGCCUCACAAAACUAGUUGAGAUAGCGCAUUACAACAUGAACCGCAUUCGAUUAGUGUGGUCUCGCAUAUGGAAUGUUCUCUCUGAUUUCUUCGUUUCAGUUGGACUGUCAGAAAAUCUCUCAGUUGCAAUAUUUGUCAUGGAUUCUUUGAGGCAGCUUGCUAUGAAAUUUUUGGAGCGCGAGGAACUGGCAAAUUACAACUUCCAGAAUGAAUUUCUUCGACCAUUUGUAAUUGUUAUGCAGAAAAGCAGUUCUACAGAAAUUAAGGAAUUAAUAGUCCGGUGCAUCUCACAAAUGGUCCUCAGCCGUGUCAGGAAUGUGAAAUCUGGCUGGAAAAGUGUUUUUAUGGUUUUUACAGCUGCUGCAGCGGAUGAACGGAAGAAUGUAGUCUUGUUGGCCUUUGAGACCAUGGAAAAAAUAGUGCGAGAAUACUUCCCUCAUAUAACUGAGACGGAGACGAUGACUUUUACAGAUUGUGUCAGGUGCCUCAUAACAUUCACGAAUAGCAGAUUUAAUAGUGACGUUAGCCUCAAUGCCAUUGCAUUUCUUCGCUUCUGUGCUGUGAAGCUUGCUGAUGGAGGACUUGUUUGCAAUGAGAAGAGUAAGGACUUGUCCAAUUCUGUUGUAGACAUGGAUGCUUCAGAUACGCAAAGUUCUAUUGAUAAAGACGAUCACGCAUCCUUUUGGGUCCCUUUGCUAACAGGGUUGUCAAAACUAACAUCCGAUCCCAGAUCAGCUAUUAGAAAGAGUUCUUUGGAAGUGCUGUUUAACAUUCUGAAGGAUCAUGGCCAUCUUUUUUCACGCCCAUUUUGGACUGUUGUCUUUGAUUCUGUUGUUUGCCCCAUAUUUACUUGUGUAUCUGACAAGAGAGAUAUGCAAAUAGAAGAUGACGAGUGUUCACCGGCUUCAAGAUCUCCACAUUCCGAAGGAAGUACAUGGGACUCUGAAACUUCUGUAGUGGCAGCACAGUGUCUAGUGGAUCUUUUUGUCAGUUUCUUUGAUGUAGUCAGGUCUCACCUACCAGCUGUGGUAUCAAUACUAACAGGAUUUAUAAGAAGUUCUGUUCAAGGUCCUGCUAGCACUGGGGUUGCUGCCUUGAUGCGUUUGGCCAGUGAUUUGGGCAGUAGGCUUUCCCAAGAUGAAUGGAGAGAUAUUUUUCUGGCUUUGAAGGAAGCAGCCAUAUCAUCAGUACCUGCCUUUAUGAAGGUUUUGAGAUCCAUGGAUAAAAUCGAGGUGCCUGACAAUGCUCAAUCUUAUACUGACUUGGAAACUUCUUCUGAUCAUAUCUUGACAAAUGAUGAUCUCGAGGAUGAUAAUCUGCAAACUGCGCAAUAUGUAGUUUCAAGAUUGAAGAGUCAUAUAGCUAUGCAGCUACUCGUUGUACAGGUUGUGACUGAUCUUUGUAAAACACACCUAGAAUCCUUAUCAGUAGACAACAUUGCGAUCCUUCGCGACAUAUUUUCGUUUAUUUCAUCGCAUGCUCAACAACUGAACUCUGAGAGGAUCCUGCAGAAGGAGCUGCCAAUAGUGUGCUCUAUCCUGGAGCUUUCUGAACCACCCCUGGUUCAUUUUGAAAAUGAGUCUCUCCAGAAUUACCUCGACUUCCUAAAAAAGUUACUUGCAGAUAAUUCAUCCUUGUCUGAGGAGAUGAACAUUGAAGCAGAACUUGUGGCAGUAUGUCAAAAGAUAUUGCAGAUAUAUCUCAAUUGUACUGGUUCUCACUCUGCCCAGGUGAACUCAGCUGACCGUCCAAUGCUACACUGCAUUAUUUCCUUGGGUUCGGCCAAAAAGGAAGAAUUGGUGGCCAGGACUUCUUUAGUACUCUCAGCAUUAUGGGCAUUGACUGGUUUGGAAAGGGAUUCUUUUAGGAGGUACGUUUCUCAAUUCUUUCCUUUGUUGGUGGAUCUUGUGCAGAGUGAGCAUAGCUCUGGAGAAGUUCAGCGUGUUCUAAGCAAUAUGUUCCAAUCAUGUAUAGGCCCUAUAAUAAUGGAAUGAUUUUUUUUUUUCUUUUUGUUAAUUUUGUCUAAGCAUAUACUACACAUACGCCAUCAUUGAGCCAUCAUCGAACCAUCAAUUUUGUCAACAGUGGCUGGAGCAUGAGCCAUAAUGUCAGCUAUUUAUUUAUUAUUAUUUUUUUUGUAGUAUAUGCCGAGGGUUGAUUUUUCACCCCUCGAGUAGAAUGUAUGAGCUACUAGCUAUUGACAUAAAUUGAAAAAGUUAUCAUUCCAAGGUUGUUUUA